AUGUCAAAUUUUUCUUUUAGAAACAAUGACAGAAAUAGUGAUAAAGUUUCUGGAAUAAAUUCAGCAACCCCUGCUCCACCGAAAGAUAUUUCAGAUUGCAUUAGCAGUUGGGUAGCUUACCUUCAGAUGUUGUCAGGUUUGUGUAAUGCAGGAUCACGAUUGUCACAUUCACUGACCGGUUUACUACAAGACACAAUACCGAAUAAUAGAAUGAUGAUGAUGCAGUGCCAAACAAUGUGGGAAGAACUUGUUAAAGCUUCCACUGUUGCCAGUUCGAAUAUCAAAUCACAAAUUUUAUCAACGCUUCAGGAAUAUUCGCUGAUGAACGAUGCAGAGUCUGACAUUCAACGUACUAGUCAGAUAAUAUACAGUAGUCUAGUCUCGUUUAUAAAUCUUCAAUAUCAACUGAGUGCAGCUUGUUGCGAAUAUUUAGGACCCAUAGCAGGUUGUAAUUGUGAUUUAUCUCAAAAACAUGAGCCUGACUGCAGCGUUGGCAUGAUCCAACAGUGUUUUCAACGAUUAUUUCCCUAUCCCUCAUUCAAUUCAAUUCACAAGGGUGUUAAAAGUCCUUCGCACCUUUCCAUACUUCAGGUUGCGCAGCGCCGCUGGUCGGAAGCUGCCGCUCAAGAAGUUGCCGGUAGCGGAGACACCGAUGGAUCCCUUAGACGUUGGUCUAUGCCGUGGGAAACGUCGAAAUUAACGGAACAUUCAUCGGGUUGGCCAGGUAGACUUCAUUCGAAACCAAAACUAACAGUUCCGAUAUAUAAUUCGCAAGAAAGAAGUCGUUCGGUAACUCCAGAAUCCGUUUGGCAUUCGAGCAUGACGAGUCAGGAAGAAUUACAGGAAGUAAUCAAAUUAUUAUCCUGUCCGGUGCCAUCUGUUCAAACAUCUUUGUAUCAGCCAAAUCCAAAGAGUCAAGUACCUGGCGUUACGUUGACGGGUUGCAGUUUGGACGUUUUCAGUCACGAACCCUGGUCGGAAUCCACGACUCCCGGAUCGAGAAGAGGGAGUCAUUCUCCGCACAGGGGAAGUUGGACCGUUCCCGAAUCCAUUUCUCACACAUGGAGUGAAUCCAUGAGCGGAACGGAAAGUAAUUACGAAUUGAAUCCGGCAACUUUUGCAUCCCGGAAAAGCAGUUCGUCGACGGAUUCGUCUUCGAGUCAUUCACUUCACAGCAGAUCCACGACGGGAUCCUUAUCCGGAGCUUCUGGAAGUUCCGAAUCGGGAGGAAUGGACGGUAGACCCCAAUUAUACUCGAUGUGGAGCGGAGCGGAUUUGCCAUUCAUUAAAUUACCAGACGCAAACGAAACAAUCAAAGAAAGUUCUUCGGAACCGCAAGUCGGUCCUGAAAAUCGAAACACUUUAUAUUUGCCAAAAUCUCAUUAA